CGCUGUGGCUCAGUGCGCCCCGAGCAGCCAGAGCGCACGGUUACAAUGAGCUUCUCCAUCGGUCCGACUGAGAGCCAGCGUCAGUACCGACCUCCGAGCAGCAGACACACCGCCACAGACCCUGACCGACACCAGCUCCGUCCGCCCGCAGCAGGAUGCCCGGGGGAAAGAGAGGGCUUGUGGCACCGCAGAACACUUUUCUGGAGAACAUCGUCCGGCGUUCAAGUGAGACCAGCUUCCUCCUGGGAAACGCCCAGAUCGUGGAGUGGCCUGUAGUUUACAGCAAUGACGGAUUCUGCAAGCUGUCUGGCUUCCACAGGGCUGAAGUCAUGCAGAAGAGCAGCACAUGCAGUUUUAUGUACGGAGAGCUGACGGACAAGAAGACCAUCGACAAAGUCAGGCAGACGUUUGACAACUAUGAGUCCAACUGCUUUGAAAUCCUGCUGUACAGAAAGAACAGAAGUCCAGUGUGGUUCUACAUGCAAGUGGCUCCCAUCAGGAACGAGAACGACAAGGUGGUUCUGUUCCUCUGCACUUUUAAAGACAUCACCCUGUUCAAGCAGCCCAUCGAAGACGAAACCACAAAAGGAUGGACCAAGUUUGCGCGGCUUACACGAGCGCUCACCAACAACCGCAACACGCUGCAGCAGCUGGCACCCAUCAGCAAACAUGAAGUCAGCCAUAAACAGUCCAGACUGGCGGAGGUCUUGCAGCUAAACUCCGACAUCCUCCCACAGUACAAGCAGGAGGCCCCUAAGACUCCUCCCCACAUUAUCCUUCACUACUGCACCUUCAAGACCACCUGGGACUGGGUCAUCCUCAUCCUCACCUUCUACACGGCUAUCAUGGUACCCUACAAUGUCUCCUUCAAGACCAAGCAGAACAACAUUGUGUGGCUGGUUCUGGACAGUGUGGUGGACGUCAUCUUCCUGGUGGACAUUGUCCUCAACUUCCACACCACCUUCGUGGGACCUGGCGGAGAGGUUAUCUCUGACCCAAAGCUAAUCCGCAUGAACUACCUGAAGACCUGGUUUGUCAUCGACCUGCUGUCCUGCCUGCCCUACGACAUCAUCAACGCCUUCGAGAACGUGGAUGAGGGCAUCAGCAGUCUGUUCAGCUCCCUGAAGGUGGUCCGCCUGCUGCGUCUGGGCCGGGUGGCCAGGAAACUAGAUCACUACCUGGAGUACGGUGCUGCAGUUCUGGUCCUGCUGGUCUGCGUGUUUGGACUUGUGGCUCACUGGCUCGCCUGCAUCUGGUACAGCAUCGGUGACUACGAGGUCAUCGACGAGGCCACCAACACCAUCAAGAUGGACAGCUGGCUCUACCAGCUGGCUAUCAGCAUCGGAUCACCUUACCGCUACAAUGCCAGUGGUUCGGGCCAAUGGGAGGGCGGCCCUGGGAAGGACUCUCUGUACAUCACCUCUCUGUAUUUCACCAUGACCAGCCUGACGACCAUCGGCUUCGGUAACAUUGCCCCCACCACGGACGGGGAGAAGAUCUUCUCUGUGGCCAUGAUGAUGGUGGGAUCUUUGCUCUAUGCCACCAUCUUUGGAAAUGUGACGACCAUCUUCCAGCAGAUGUACGCCAACACCAACCGUUACCACGAGAUGCUCAACAACGUCAGGGACUUCCUGAAGCUCUACCAGGUUCCCAAGGGGCUGAGCGAGCGGGUGAUGGACUACAUCGUCUCCACCUGGUCCAUGUCCAAAGGCAUCGACACGGAGAAGGUCUUGUCCAUCUGUCCUAAGGACAUGAGGGCCGACAUCUGCGUCCACCUCAAUAGGAAGGUGUUUAACGAACAUCCCGCAUUCCGGUUAGCCUCUGACGGCUGCCUGCGCUCGCUGGCCGUGGAGUUUCAGACCACCCACUGUGCCCCCGGAGAUCUGAUCUUCCACGCCGGAGAGAGCGUGGACACGCUGUGUUUCGUUGUGUCGGGGUCACUGGAGGUCAUCCAGGACGACGAGGUCAUCGCCAUCUUAGGUAAGGGAGACGUGUUCGGUGACGUCUUUUGGAAAGAAACCACCCUGGCGCAUGCGUGCGCUAACGUCAGAGCGCUAACGUACUGUGACCUCCACGUCAUCAAGAGGGAAGCCCUGCUCAAGGUGCUGGAGUUCUACACGGCGUUCGCCAACUCCUUCUCCCGAAACCUCAUCCUCACCUGCAACCUGCGCAAGAGGGUAAUUUUCCGUAAAAUCAGUGAGGUGAAGAAGGAGGAAGAGGAGCGGCAGCGGGCGAAGAACGAGGUCCAGCUCACCAUCCCACAGGACCAUCCCGUCCGGAAGCUCUUCCAGAAGUUCAAGCAGCAGAAGGAGCUCCGCAACCAGGGAGCCGCAGCUGCGUCUCAGCUGGACCUGGAGAAGAACCAGCUGCAGGUGGAGCAGCACCACCACCAGCACCUGCACCCCCACAGCCUCCAGCUGGGCCACUCCAGCCUGCAGCACUCUCUGCCGCUCAGCCUGCAGCGGCCGCCCUCCUCCUUGCAGAACGGUGCUCCACCCAGCAGUAGCGUGCUGACCGUGUCUCAGGUCACGCCCAUGCAGAGCUCGCUGGCGUACAGCCAUCCCGGUGAGCCUCCCGUCAAACAGAACAACUGUGAUAUCAUGGAACUGCAGCCCAGCUCUGUUGGAGGAGGAGGUGGUGAGCAGACUGUCAGGCUCAAAGUCAGCACCAGCCCAGCGCUGGGGAAGCCGGCCGUCAAGGCCAGCGGCUGGAUGCGCCUGAAAAACAACAUGGCUCCAGUGGAGGCCAGAAAGGAGGGGCUGAACAACAACGUCAAGGCUGUUUCCGUAGAGAUGCUCUCUCAGGAGGGCAAAGGUCAGGAAGCAGGAAGGAGCGGGGACGUAGAGGAGGGCGGGGUGUCCAGCAACAAUCCGCUCCGCAAGACAGACUCCUGCGACAGCGGCAUCACCAAGAGUGAGCUGCGGAUUGACCGGGCGGGGGAGGCGCGGACCCCCGCUGCAGUCACCCCGCUCCUCCACAGCCCUCUCCCCGGAGGAGCGGGGUCUCCUCACGCUUUCUGUCCCAUCCCCGAGCAGGCCCUGCAAGCCGUCCUGCAUGAGACCCGGCUGGAGCUCCGGGGGGACAUCCAGACUCUGGGAGGCCGUCUGGGCGCCCUUGAGAGUCAGGUAGCCGAAAUUAUCAAACUGCUGUCGGACAAGAAGCGGCCGUCCACAGGGGCGACGUCUGCCUCCACCACACCCAAAACCAAAAUACAGCGGCAGGACAUUUUCACCGUCUCCAGGCCUGUUUCUCCGGACUCAGAGAAGGACGAGGGGCUCUGAAGAGAGCUCAACCAGUGGUGUAUAGAGUGUACCGGAAAAUACAGUGAUCACCCUCGAGGUGUUCCAUCCAGCUACGCCACUGGUCUCAACUGUCCGAGAUUUAAAAAUAAACUGGCUUCUUUAACAUUUGCACAGUGACUUUUAUCUCCAGGUCAUGACAGAGUCCAGACUCCACAGUGACCUGGAUCCGUUUUUUGUGAUUGUACAUACCUCUCUAUGCAUGUCCAGCUGGAUUCUGGCCUGCCAAAGAAACUACUGAACGUACUUAUUGCCUGUAUAUUAUGCAGUUGACUGCAUGCAAAUCAAAUUUAAAGAGAACAGACGUUUUAUUGAGCUACAGUGUACAUAUGAAUAUUUUUCAGUGAUAAUUUACUAUGUGGACAUUCAGGGUUUGCAUACUGGUAGCACUAUAAACACUGAAUAACAAAAGGGUUUUACUGGCAGAGGGACUGUGCAUGGAUUAUUUAUAAAUAGAGAAAUCGAAAAGGGAUGGAGGUUUUUUUGUUGUUUCUUUGCCUGUGAGAUGAAGUUCGACUCUCACGUCGCCCUCGAUGAACACAGUCUCAAAUGUGACGCAGCAGCAUCCCUCGACACGGAGGAUUUUUCUGGUAUGUUUUUAUAUAUCGAUUGAUUUAGCUUCUUAUAAUAAUUUCUAUUUUUGAUUACGGAAAUGUCCUUGGCCUCUGUCUGAUGUCUGGUGAAUGGGUAUAUUUUGUUAGAACCCUCUUGUGUCUAUGCAUCGCUCGGGUACGCCGCUAGAAUAUUCUGAAUAUUAGACGUUUUGUUAUGAAGUCUGUGAAUGAAGGAAGUUUUCUUUGUUCCAUUCCUCUGCAUGAAUCAGGGAUGGCAGAAUGCACUUUGGGUAAAGCUGGGAUGACAAGAAGGCUUUGGGGAAAUAACACAGAGUUUAGUUCACAUAAAAGUCCACUCAGCACAGAGACAUGUAAUCCCACAGCCCCGGCACCACACACGGCAGUCUUAACCAGCGAGCGUCUCUCUGAAGCUCGCUCUGAAUUCCAUUAACCACAGCAGCUUCGCCGCAAAAAGCUCGAGUAAUAAAAGAUUGAAUACUUUUUAUGAUAUCGGUUUUCUAAAUCUGCAUGCAAAGGAGUAGUUUUAUGCUCCAGAGUGCGUAUGUAAAUAUAUACCCUAUAUAUGUGUGUGUGUGUGUGUGUGUGUGUGUGUGUGUCAGAGAGACACCUUUCAUGCAUUCAGUAGAUGCAAAGUGUGACGGCAUCUCUCUCGAUUGGAACCCUGGCGGCCCGGGGUGACUUUCUCUUCACAGGAGGCAGACGAGUCGGUCGAGGUCGAAGUUUUUCAGGUCUUGUUCUUUCACCCUGCAGCUCUCAUCCCUCGCUCUCAUAUUUCAUAAGGCUAGAAUAAGAACAACACGGCAGGACAGAGACGUACAGUAGCCAUCAUGGAAGCCUCAAAUUGUUUUAUUAGAUGACCUCCAGUGUGAGUGAAUGGACUGGUGGCAGAAAAACGAGCUGGUGUAACACGCCUUCUGGUGGCCAGAUUGGAGGUUGUAAUAACUUAUGUUGGCAACAGAGGGAGAUAAACAAAAAGUUGCCACGUCAGACUCAAACUAAGAAUGUUGCUGGUUCAUGGUCAUGGUUUGUUGGACCUGGUUGAUAAAUUUGUGAUGGAAACCCAAAUUCACAACGGCCUUUCAACUGUAAUUUAGGGUCUUGCUUUCACAACAGCAUCAUCUAAAAAGUCAGGAAUCAUUUAAUUUCAGAUUUCGAUCAUAAAUAAUUCAAGCACAAAUCAAAUCCUCUCUGCUCUGAGUCUGCCUGGAAGGAGACAGAGCUGAAAGAAACCCGUCAAUAUUAUCUAUAACAACACUCCCAUUGGACAAAAAGCCCAUUUGGCCCUUUAUUCCAGAAAUAAGCAUCCGUUGCUGCGAGAAAGCUCAUUCUGCUAUCACCAACGUACAUACAUCACUUAACUGACAUAACUUAUUUUAAGCCAAACCAUGAUCUUUUCUAAACCUAGCAGAGUAGUUUUGUUGCCUUAACCAACCACAACCAUUUCACUUCUUUAAUCUAUUGGUGUUUCGGAAUGAACAAUGGACAUCCUCGUCUCGUGUUGUCAUGUGUUGUCCACAAAAGUGACAAAAGUAGCUGCAUGCAAAAUAAAGAAAAAGAGACCAAUCACUGCGUCACUGGCUCGUGGGAUUGACAGUAUAGGUGGAUGGCGGUCGUCAAAGACCUCGAGUUAUGA